AUGGAUGAUAUGCAUUCUACUUUACUCUCUUUUACAGGUUCCAAGAUGCUAGAGUUGGACUUCAUCGGAAGAGUUGUAGCACCCUACAACGGCGAUUCCCAACUCUCCAAGGGCUCUGAGGAAGCUGAUGAAGAAGACGAAGAUUGUAAAGGAGAGGAUGAAGAUGAUGAGGAGAAGAUGAAGAUGAAGAUGAACUGGAGCAGAAAAAGGAAGGGGAUUCUCAGACUAAGAAGACUUAACUUAUACAUGUAUGUUGUGCGUGCAGAACACAUGCUCUUUAUGGGGAGUACAGAAUUUCCUGAUGAAAAGGAGUAUGACAGUUACUUGUCCAAGCACAGAGGGUGUUUAAAUGCAUACACGGAAGUAGAGCAUACUUGCUACCAUUUUGAAGUGAAACGAGAGUUUCUCAAGGGUGCCUUGACAAGCUUUGUUCUCAAGAAUCAAGUGCCUGAGGCUGCACGAAUUUUCAGCAAAAUGCUGGAGGCAGGUCAUUGUAAGCCCAAUGUGGUUACUUUCACCACACUAAUAAAGGGCUUUUGCAUGAUAGGGAACUACAAUUCUGCCAUUACUUUACUUGGGAAGAUGGAAGAAAUAGGAUGCGAGCCUAACAUAGUUUCCUAUAACACCAUCAUCGACUGUCUUUGCAAGGAUACACUAAUUGAUGAAGCAAUGAAUCUCUUCUCAGAAAUGAUCAGUAGGGGUAUUGCUCCAGAUGUUGUCACUUACACCUCUUUGAUUCAGGGAUUCUGCAAUUUAGGCCAGUGGAAACAAGCUACAAGGUUGCUUAAUGAAAUGUUGAGUAAACGUAUCUUUCCAGAUGUCAUCGCCUUCAAUGUCUUGGUUGAUACAUUCUGUAAGGAAAGGAUGGUUGUGGAAGCCAAAAGAGUGAUUGACAUGAUGAUUCAAAGACAAAUUGAACCUACUGUGGUUACAUACAGUUCUCCUAUGGACGGUUACUGUUUGCAAAGAGAAAUGGAUGAGGCAAGACAAAUUUUUGAUCUUAGGAUUAGCAAGGCCUCCAUGGUUAAUGUUUGGAGUUGUAACAUAUUGAUUAACAGAUAUUGCAAGGCUAAAAAGAUCGAUCAGGCUUACAAGAUCUUCAAGGAGAUGCGCCGUAUGGAACUUGUUCCCAAUCCCGUUACUUAUACCACUCUUAUUGAUGGUUUUUGCAAAGUAGGGAGAAUUCAAGAAGCAGAAAAGCUGUUCUCUCAGAUGCAACGUUGUGGCCAACAUCCAAAUGUUCGAACUUAUGCUGUUCUGCUUGAUGGCCUGUGUUUGUGCAAAGCUGGAAAAAUUGAAUCCGCAAGAGAUCUCUUCUGUGGUUUGUCAUCAAAAGGAGUUCAGCCUGAUGUCAGUUCAUACACUGUAAUGAUUCAAGGACUUUGUCAUCAUGGCUUAAUAAUUGAAGCAGAAAAGUUGCUGAGAGAAAUGGGAUGA